UGAUGGGAAAGUAGCCGGCUGAGUCUCACACUUUCUCCGGAGUUUUAAACUUUCGGGCCGCGGGAGCAGAAAUAAAGCCAUUGUGCUGGGCCGGAGAAAGGCUGCGUGCUUGCAGCGGCUGCGUGCUUGCGGACUUCCCGCCAGCGCCGAGCGGCCGGCUUCUCCGGCCAAGUGGGGAGCGAGCGAGCGGGCGGGCGAGCGGGCGGGCAGGUGGCCCCGGGCCGCCGCGCCCGCGCCUUGGCUCUGCCCCCGGGAGCCGAGCAAGCCGCUGCUCCCUCGUGGUGUGAGGGCGGUGAUGUUUUUCCUCCCACCCACUUUUGAGUUCCCCCUCCCCCCUCGCGCGCACUCUAGCUCUCGCCACAACCUGCGAGCCCCAGACCUCGGACGAGAGCGCCCUGGGGAGCUCCGAGCGCUUGCACGCGUGGCAGACGGAGGAGGCCAGUGCCCAGCUUGAAGGUUCUGUGUCACCUUUUGCAGUGGCCCAAAUGAAAAAAAAGUGGAAAAUGGGAGGCGUGAAAUACAUCUUCUCCUUGUUCUUCUUUCUUUACCUAGAAGGAGGCAAAACAGAGCAAGUAAAACAUUCAGAGACAUAUUGUGUGUUUCAAGACAAGAAGUACAGAGUGGGUGAGAGAUGGCAUCCUUACCUGGAACCUUAUGGGUUGGUUUACUGCGUGAACUGCAUCUGCUCAGAGAAUGGGAAUGUGCUUUGCAGCCGAGUCAGAUGUCCAAAUGUUCAUUGCCUUUCUCCUGUACAUAUUCCUCAUCUGUGCUGCCCUCGCUGCCCAGAAGACUCCUUACCCCCAGCGAACAAUAAGGUGACCAGCAAGUCUUGCGAGUACAAUGGGACAACUUACCAACAUGGAGAGCUGUUUGUGGCUGAAGGGCUCUUUCAGAAUCGGCAACCCAAUCAAUGCACUCAGUGCAGCUGUUCGGAGGGAAACGUGUAUUGUGGUCUCAAAACUUGCCCCAAAUUAACCUGUGCAUUCCCAGUCUCUGUUCCAGAUUCUUGCUGCCGGAUGUGCAGAGGGGAUGGAGAACUGUCAUGGGAACAUUCUGAUGCUGAUAUCUUCCGGCAGCCUGCCAACAGAGAAGCAAGACAUUCUUACCACCGCUCUCACUAUGAACCUCCACCAAGUCGACAGGCUGGAGGUCUGCCCCGCUUUCCUGGGGCCAGAAGUCACCGGGGAGCUCUUAUGGAUUCUCAGCAAGCAUCAGGGACCAUUGUGCAAAUUGUCAUCAAUAACAAACAUAAGCAUGGACAAGUGUGUGUUUCCAAUGGAAAGACCUAUUCUCAUGGCGAGUCCUGGCACCCAAACCUCCGGGCAUUUGGCAUUGUGGAGUGUGUGCUAUGUACUUGUAAUGUCACCAAGCAAGAGUGUAAGAAAAUCCACUGCCCCAACCGAUACCCCUGCAAGUAUCCUCAAAAAAUAGAUGGAAAGUGCUGCAAGGUGUGUCCAGGUAAAAAGGCAAAAGAAGAACUUCCAGGCCAAAGCUUUGACAACAAAGGCUACUUCUGUGGGGAAGAAACGAUGCCUGUGUAUGAGUCUGUAUUUAUGGAGGAUGGGGAGACAACCAGAAAAAUAGCACUGGAGACUGAGAGACCGCCUCAGGUAGAGGUCCACGUUUGGACCAUUCGAAAGGGCAUUCUCCAGCACUUCCAUAUUGAGAAGAUCUCCAAAAGGAUGUUUGAGGAGCUUCAUCACUUCAAGCUGGUGACCAGAACAACCCUGAGCCAGUGGAAGAUCUUCACCGAAGGAGAAGCUCAGAUCAGCCAGAUGUGUUCAAGUCGUGUGUGCAGAACAGAGCUUGAAGAUUUGGUCAAGGUUUUGUACCUGGAGAGAUCUGAAAAGGGCCACUGUUAGGCAAGAUAGACAGUAUUGGAUAGGGUAAAGCAAGAAAACUAAAGCUGCAGCUGGACUGCAGGCUUAUUUUGCUUAAGUCGACAGUGCGCUAAACUCCAAACUCAAAUGCAAUCAAUUAUUCACGCCACACACAGCAUAAUUUGCUCCUUUAUGUGGAAUGGUGUGUCAGCCCUUGAGCAUCUCCUCCAAAGAGACUAGAAGCGUCUUAAAUUAUGUGUGGGAUGAGGAGGGAUGGAACACCACAACACCACUCUAGUUUCUUGGAGAAUCACAUUUCUUUACAGGUUAGGAACAAACAAGACCCCAGGGUUUUUAUCUAGAAAGUUAUUCAAGUGAAAGAAAGAGAAGGGAAUUGCUUAGUAGGAGUUCUGCAGUAUAGAACAAUUAUUUGUGUGAAAUUAUACCUUUGAAUUUUAGAAUAUCAUGUGUUCCUUUAAAAAAAUAGCUCCCCAUCUUCUCUCCUCACACCCUCCCUCCCUUCUUCUCUCUCUCUCUCUCUCUCUCUCUCUCUCACACACACACACACACACACACACAUUCACACUCACAUUAAACUAAAGCCUUUAUCUGAGGCAAAGAUAGCCAAGACUCUACCUUACUUUUCCCUUGACUGGAUCCCAAGUAGCUUGGUGCCCAGGAGAGUAAAUAAUUGUGAACAAAACGCUCUGCCAUUAGGUCUUCGUGGCAGUUUAAGUCACCAACUACAGGGGCAGGGUGAAGAAUAAGAACACUAUUUUAUGGCCUCAUUCAUUCACUUAGAAGUGGUAAAGAAUUUUUUCCUAAUGAUACCACUUUUCUUUUCUCUUUGUACCUAUGGGGCUUCCAGAAAGAAGUUAAAUUGAGUAAAAUGAUCAGAAACUGAAUCCAUAUAAGACAAAAUUAUUGUUGAAGAAAGAAGUUGAUAGAAGUCCAAAAUGCCAUCUUUUUACUUUCACAUCAAUAAAAUUCACCAAGUAGUAGAUCAGUACUCACUAAUAUUUUUGAGACCAUAGUUGGCCAGAAAAAACUAUAUUAAAUUAUUAAAUUCUAGAAGCUCUUUAAAAGGGAAGUUUUUCUUCUCCUAUUACAGGAGUUGAUUUUUACUUUGCAAAGUGGUUCGGUCCUCAUGAGCAUCUGCAUGUUGGCUCUUCAGUUAAGAAAGUUAUUGUUCAUUUAGGGAGCUGGAUAUAAAGAUCUGUAUUCUAAACCUUCCUACUAUCCUUGCCUUAUUCAUCAAGCAAGUAUUUUAGUGGAGAAUGCUGGAGAAGGCUGCUCCUAAAAUGUCUACUUGCAGCCCAAUACCAGAGCAUAAAUUAUCCCUUCUGGGGUCGGGCUUUAGAAAUCAUCUUUGUGGAAAGACUUAAUUCUUCACAGCAAGGAUCUCAGGCCUGCCUUCUAGAUUUGUUUCCUCUGAGGGGCAGGAAUGAACUGCAGAAUUGUUUUAAGAACCUAGAAACCCCAUAUGUCUCAUUCCAUCACUAUAGGUGAAAAAAUUUUUUCCUAAGAGGAUUUGACACCAAUAGGUAAAAAUAUAAAAUGUUCAGUCUUUAUGACAACCUGGCAUAAAGGAGUCAAUCCUUAUAAAAGAGACACAAGGGCCUUAUGGCGGGAACUUCUUGGGACAAGACUCUCACCACCUCAUCACACACUUUCUCCUUGGAAGAGGGGAGUAGGACAUCCCAGUUGAAAGGUCACAAAGCAUUAGAGAGAGAGAGAGAGAGAGAGAGAGAGAGAGAGAGAGAGAGAGAGAGAGAGAGAGAGAGAGAGUGUGUGUGUGUGUGUGUGUGUGUGUGUGUGUGUGUCUGUGGUAAAGGUGUGGUAAAGGGGGGUGGGUAUUAUGUAGCUGCUCCCUUUGUCCCAGAGGUGGCAGUAUUUCCAUAAUGUGGAGACUAGUAACUGGAUUCUGAAGCAAAGAGGUGUUUCCCCUUCUGGAACCCCAGAGCCUUCUCACCUAGGUGUUCUCUGUAUGCUUAGCCUUAAGAGAACACCCAGAGAGCUUCCCUAGAAAGACGCUGCCUCCAGGUGCUGGGACACACCUUUGCAAGGUGCUGUGGGAAACAGGAGCUGGGGAGCUGUGUUAAGUUAAAGUAGAAACCCUCCAGUGUUAGGUGUCGUGUAGGUAGUAGGACAUAGGGAAAAGAGGCCAAGCUGCCUGUAGUUAGAGAAGAAUGGAUGUGGUUCUUCUUGUGUAUUUAUUUGUAUCAUAAACACUUGGAACAACAGACCAUAAGCAUCAUUUAGCAGUUGUAGCCAUUUUCUAGUUAUCUCAUGUAAACAAGUAAGAGUAACAUAACAGUAUUACCCUUUCACUGUUCUCACAGGACAUGUACCUAAUUAUGGUACUUAUUUAUGUAGUCACUGUAUUUCUGGAUUUUUAAAUUAAUAAAAAAGUUAAUUUUGAAAAAUCA